GUCUAUGGAACUACGUAUUUUUGUUUUCAAACUUAUCCAUGUUUGUACUGCUACCGUUCGCUUAUCUCUUCACCGAAUCUGAGGGAUUUUUUGGCCAAAGAAAAAGACUUUGGGCGAGAGUGUACGAAACGUUCGUCGUUUUAACUCUUUUAACUGUUGUUGUACUGGGCAUGACGUAUGUCCUUUCAGCUUUGUUUAACGAAGAAGAAGCCAGCUUAAUACCCAUAUUCAAUUUAUGGACCUACCUCCCUUUUUUAUACUCCUGCAUAUCGUUUCUAGGAGUUCUUAUUUUAUUAGUAUGCACCCCCUUAGGUUUUGUACGUCUAUUCGACGUAGUCGGAAUUUUUUUAAUAAAGCCUCAAUUUUUACACGAUAUAAAUGAAGAUUAUUUCGCUUAUGCUAUAGAAGAAGAAUGCUUAAACAGAAGACUGAAACAAGUCCAAUCCACAGGGCAUUUCUUUCUGAGUCCAGAGCCAAUGGCUGUUGAUGACAGUCCUAUUUAUAAUGACGAAUAUAAGUUAGAUGACUGUUUCUUGCGUUUGAGAAAUGGGGAGUUACAGAACGGUUUAAGUGUGAAGUUAAAAGAGAUUGCCCAGAAACGAUUUCUUCUUGAUAAGCAAAGAAAGACCUCAUCGCUCAGAAGAAAUGUUGUAUAUCCCAUAGCCAUGUUACUUUUAAUAGGUUUAACAAUAAUUGCUGUUUUGUUAGUUGUGCAAAACACUCUGUCAUUGUUAAUAGGAAUCAAGGCUUUGCCAAGUAGUUCAAAGCAAUUCACGUUAGGAGUAAGUUCAUUAUCUAAAUUAGGACCGUUUGGUGCCGCUUUAGAAAUCACCAUGAUCGUCUAUUUCAUCGCCACAUCAUCGAUAGGUUUCUACACCGCACCGUGGGUGAAGAAAAUGAGACCCACCGUUAAAAGCACUUCAUUUACUUUAGUGAUAGCCAACUGUGCUUUGGUUUUGAUCAUUAGUUCAGCGUUGCCACUGUUGUCAAAAAUUCUAGGUAUAACAAAUUUCGAUCUUUUGGGAGACUUCGGCAGUAUAGAGUGGCUGGGAAAUUUUAAACUAAUUCUUCUCUACAACAUACUAUUCGCCACCGUCUCGUCCCUGUGCAUAGUUAAUAAGUUCACAGCCAAAGUGAGAAGGGAAUUGUACGCCCGAGCUAUGGUAUUCUUGAAAUUGCACGAGCCACAAGUGAUGGUUUCUAAUACACCCAGGUCUUCGUUUUUGAUAAAGAGUGAGUAGCAGGUAACAUUUUGUUUGUUACUAAUUUUAAGUACCAAUUUUGUAUAUACACGCUUGAUAUUAUUUAUUUGAAAAUUUGUGAUUUAAGUGUUUUUUGAAUGUUUAUAUUAAGAAUUAUACUGCCUUUGCUAUGUAUGUACGUUUGCCCUUGUUAUUUUAAAAUAGUAUUCCUUGUGGUAUUAUUAUAUAUUUUUAAAAUUUCUAUGUUUCUUAACAAUAAAAGAAUAAGUCCAUAUUUGUUGUCAGUUUUUGAAUAGAAUAUAAACUAAAAUACAAUUUGCCAAAGCUCCUGUGGUUUCUUUUUGUUAAAAACAUAUAAUGCAUCUGUGAUUAACUGAUUUUAUAUUGUAUUUAUAAAAUAAGCAAGCAGAAUAUUUAGCCUUCGAUACCUAAAACUUGUAAUUAGGUUAAGAAUUUUAAUUUUAGGUAAUAUUAAAUUCAUUUAUAUUUAUUGCUCAACAUUAAGUACCCAUAACUUGUUACAAGCAUAUCAUUCGUGAUGUAAUAAAGCAUAUUGAUUUUUA